GCAGGUACCUGUCGAGUCCAGCUGAUCUGAGUGAGAGUAAUUCAACGGACGGACAAGCGGCGGAGAGAGCGACUCAAACACCUCUUAAUUUCAACAAAUGGCAGCUAAAAGCUAAACCAGUUUCACGUCUAGCUUAUAUGGAUGGAGAAAGCUCCAAAGACGUGGGUAUGGCCAUGGAGAGCAGUAUGUGGUCUACCUGCAACCGCAGUCAUAAUGUUAGCUUCUUCUACCAUUUGGUGGAAAAGCAUGUCAGUGAUCAUUGGAGGACCCGGGACAUUUUGGUGAUGGUACUGGGCUUGACGGUGUGUGUCAUCGUAGUUCUGGCAAACUUGUUGGUGAUGGUGGCCAUCUUCAUGAACCGUCGCUUCCACUUCCCCAUCUACUAUCUCCUGGCCAAUAUGGCUGCAGCAGACUUGUUUGCAGGUAUUGCUUACGCCAACCUGAUAUUGAACACGGGCCCCUGGACCUUGGAACUCACCAAGAAGAAGUGGUACAUCCGGGGCGCCCUGAUCGACAUCAGCCUGACAGCCUCUGUGGCCAACCUGCUGGCUGUUGCCGUGGAGCGCCAUCAGACCAUCAUCACCAUGCAGCUGCACAGCAACAUGAGUAAGCGGCGUGUGGUGUUGCUGAUAUUCUGCAUCUGGGCCGUGAGCAUCAUCAUGGGUCUGGUGCCCUCCUUAUUUUGGAACUGCGAGUGUGAUUUUGAUGAUUGCUCCACCGUCGCUCCUCUCUACAGCCGCCGCUUCCUUAUCUUCUGGGCAGUUCUCAACCUGCUCACUUUCUUCAUCAUGGUGGCCAUGUACACUCGCAUCUUCGUCUAUGUGAGAUAUAAGAACAAGUACACGUCACAGCACACCUCAGAGAUGCAGUCUCACCAGACUGUUAUCAACUUGAUGAAAACUAUCUCCAUGGUCUUGGGGGCCUUCGUCAUCUGCUGGACGCCCGGCCUCGUGACGCUCUUACUGGAUGGGCUGCUGGGUAAAGCCAGCCACGCCAACACCUACGAGAAGUACUGCUUGGUGAUAGCCGAGUGCAACUCGAUGGUCAAUCCCAUCAUCUACUCCCUGAGAGAUGAUGAGAUGCGGCGGACGUUCAAGUGGAUCCUGUGCUGCAUAUGUCGGAGAUGUGGCAGACAGCAGAGAGAGCCCUCACCUGUUAAGAUCGACUCACCAGUACCAGAGGAAACUCUUUCUUGUAUCCUGAAGUCAGAAGAAAAGGUUGUCCGUAAGCCUCAGGAUACAAACGAUAAAGAAGACAGUUGGGCAGUGCCAGGGGUGGUAUGAUGGUUGUUGGCCUCUGACUU